AUGUCAGCCAAGACUUUCAUCGUCACCGGGUCUUCGCGAGGCAUCGGUCUCGCAAUAUCCAAGUACCUCCUCACGGCACCUCAAUCCCACAACGUAGUCGUGAUCGCCCGCAGCACCGAGCCUCUCCAGAAGCUCAAAGACCAGUAUCCCAAGCAAGUCGAGGUACUGACCGGUGAUCUCACGGAUUUCUCUCUUGGUCAAAAGGCUGUCGAUCUGGCACUGAAGACGUUUGGGCGCCUAGAUGGAUUGGUUCUCAAUCAUGGCGGGCUAGGCCAAGUGGGAAAUGUCGCGGAGGCGAACCCCGAACAGUGGAAACAGGGACUUGAUCUCAAUUUUAUCAGCUUGGUGGCUUUUGUCAAAGCUGCGCUCCCCGCUCUCCGCGAGUCAAAGGGUAGAAUCGUCUUCACUUCGUCCGGUGCUUCCGUCUCCGCCUUCAAAGGCUGGGGUCUUUACGGCGCCAGCAAGGCAGCCAUGAACCACCUCGCCUUGACUCUUAGCGCAGAAGAGCCUGAUGUCACUUCCGUGGCAAUUGAACCGGGUAUGGUCGAUACUGAAAUGCAGCGAGAGAUACGUGAAGAUCUUGCUACUACUCUGGACCCUCAAUUUCAUUCGUUGUUUACCACGGUCCAUAAAGAGGGCCAACUGCUCAGACCUGAACAGCCGGGUCAUGUCAUUGCUAGAGCAGUGAUUGAUGCUCCGAUGUCGUUGACCGGGAAAUUUUUAUCAUGGAACGAUCAAGCUCUGAAAGCGUUUCAAUAG